CGCGUAUUGUAUAUUUGUUAUCUUUUUUCCGCUGUUUUCUAGAUAUUAUGUUUUAACAUCUGCUAAUUUUGUAUAAAUAUUAUUUAUAUUGUGUUGCAUAACAUCAUCAUAUAAUUUCUACUCGUGAUAGAUUUUCGUGGACGGGUAGAAUGCCUCAUUCAGAAUUUUGGCCAUUUACAUGUAAAAUUGACGAAAGUAACGGAGAUGAACCACCAUCUGUUUUACAAAAGCAGAUUGUUGAUAUGGAGGCCCAGGUAAAAGAGAUGCAGUUUGAGCUGUCUGCUAUCAGGAGAGACAGAGCUUCUCUGAUUGAACCUAUGAACAAUGUCAACGUGGCAUCAAAACUAAACAACUAUCACUUGGACUCACAAAACCCACCUCAGCUAUCGAAGCUCAAAGAGGAAUUAAUAAGAGCAAAAAAUGUCGCAGACCAGGAGAGAAGUCGUCGAGAACAGUACGAAAGUAAAUUAAGGGAUUUGGAAUCGAAGCUUAAUGACCUCUGUAAUACCGGACUUAUUGAGGAAAGUAAAAAAAUGUUAAAUAAUGAAGUUUCGGCCUUAAAAAUACAAAUAAGAGACUUGAAGGAAGAAAAAGAAGAUUUGAAAAGUACUAUUUCCGAGAAAGAUGAACAGUUGCAAGAAUAUAGAGCAAAGUAUCUUCAAGCGGAGCAACAAGUCGAAGAGUUGAAACGACACGUGGAUAUGAUUGAAUACGAUAACACGCAGGUGUCGGAGCAAAUGCAGAUAGAAAUACAAAAGAUGAAGAUGCAAUUUCAAGAGAAACUCCAAGAACUAGCACCUUUACCCGAUCUACUAAAAGGUUCUCAAAUUCAACUACUAGAAGCAAAGCAACUGCAGAGAUUAGCUGAAGAUAGUUCACAGGAGCUCUCGUCGGAAUUAAAUAAAGUUAAAGAAAAACUUGUCAUCGCUGUAAACAGCCUGAAUCAAGAAAGAGCGGAGAAAAUCAAAAUUAUAGAAGAGAAUAAAACUUUAACUCUUGAUAUAGAAGAGAAGAUAAUUGCUAUCGACGAUCUUGUUAGAAAUGUUGACGAUUUCAAAUGUAAAGUACUGAGAUUGGAGGAGAAGUUAGUUCAAGAAGAGGCAAGGUAUAAAGAAAAGGCAGAUGAAUGCACUCACCUACUCAAAGAACUAGACGAGCUGAGGUCUGAGAAUGCUAGGUCCUUGGCGAAAUGUAGAGAGCGGUCUGACUCGAUGCGGCGGCAUAUGCAGAUGCAGAUAUCUGAGCUGGAGCGUCAGUUGGUUCAGAGCAGGGCGCAGUGCAGGUCCUGUCAGAAGGAGAGAGAUGACAUUCGACAACGGAUACAAAUACAAACAAAUAGUCUUCAAGAAAACUUUGGCCUUGUGGAAAUUCGACUCCGGGAUUUUCAGAAUCAGAUUUCUUCAUUGAAAAACAGCUUCGCAGCCAUGUUUUCCAAUGAUGAGGAAAAUACUGAUUGGCUGGCAAAUCAGCAGUAGAAAUGCAUCCUAAAUACUUGUAUAUCAUGAUAAAACAUAUUUAAGAUGCAUUAAAUGAGUUUUUCAUUGUUUUGUAACAUC